GGUACUCCUCUUUAUGCACACAGUACCACACUAAAUGGAAGAAAUUCAAGAAUGUAACGUAGCGUAGGUAGUCCGCCCAUCAUCUUUGAACAAACAUUGUGUCGGAUCCGAAAAACAACCCUUCAAGAACAGAUUUCUUGGAGAGGACCUUUUUGGUUUGUGUCAUUUCUCAGCUGAGCUAGCAAUGGCUAAUGAUGAUGAUUUCACUUUUUGUCAGGUUGGUGAACCUGAUAAUCAAGAUUAUGUGGAUGCACAGAAGAUUGCUCAAGAUAUUAGUGAAAUUAGAAUAAAAGAUGAGCCGUCAAAUGAUGCUGGUACUAGUCAAAGUAAUGGUGCACCAUGGGAAGGUAAACUGGGCAGCAUUGCUACCUCAAAGAAGCAGGGUACAGUUGGUUCUUUGUCUUUCACUGUUAUAGAAACAUCUCCAGGCAGUGGAACUUCUGGUCAAGUGGCAUCAAAAGAUGGUGGAUUUUCAGUCCCAACUUAUCAGAAGCAAAUAAAGCCUGCUAGGAAGCCUGCAGCUCGAGCCAAGGUUCCCUAUGAGAAGGGUUAUAGCCAGAUGGACUGGCUUAAGCUUACAAGAACACAUCCUGACCUUGCAGGAUUGAAAGGACAGUCCAAUAGGAGACUUAUAUCAAUAGAUGAAGUUAAGGAACACCAAAAUGCAGAAGCAAUGUGGACUGUUCUUAAAGGACAUGUCUACAAUAUAACACCAUACAUGAAGUUUCACCCAGGAGGUGCUGACAUGCUGAUGAAGGCUGUAGGAAAAGAUUGCACGGCAUUGUUUAACAAAUACCAUGCUUGGGUUAAUGCUGAAGUUCUAUUGGAGAAAUGUCUUGUGGGUAUUUUGGAUGACAGCAAAUGAAAACUCUUUGUUUCAUUGAUCCCAGAAACAACUGUAUCAGACGAGCAUUGUCACUACAAGAAGAUUGUCCUUGACAGAAGACUAAGACAUUUUGCUUCUUUUGAGGAAAAGCUUACAAGCCAUAGUAUAUUGGACUAGCUAUUUACAUACUCAAGGAUUUUGAAUUUGUAUAAGCUGUAUGUCAAAGGAACUGGCUGAAUCUUUUUUUAUGAAAAAGAUAUUCCACCUAGUUGCCAAUUAAACCAACAAAAUAAGCUACCUUAGUUUUUGAAGACUACUUAUUCUGACUUUUUAUUGGAUUUAGAGAGGUUGUCCUCCCCUGGUCCAGAAGUUCUGCAAACUACUACUAUGGUUGUACCAUUAGGAUCCCCAUUUCAGAAAAUUAUUAGGACGAUCGUUACGUCCAAAGUUGUAUACUAGUUGCUACUAUUACGAUACUGAUAGAUUUACUAUUUCAACGUAGUUGUCGGACUUUGUAGA